AUGGGGCGCUCGCUUUUCGGAUCUGUGGCCAUUGUGCUUGCUCUAGCGAUACCUCUUGGGACCGCUGCUCCCAGAGGCCUUCACAAAGCCCGAGUUCUCAAAGAGUCUGGAGAGCUGGAGGAUGCAUACGACUACAUCAUUGUCGGAGCCGGAACCGCAGGUCUUACCAUUGCCGACAGGCUUACAGAAGACGAAGAUGUCACUGUCCUGGUUGUCGAAUAUGGGCCUCUGAGCGAGUCUCCCAAAAUCGCCACCGUCCAAGGCGGCUUCAGUGGAAUGGAUUCGGAGUUCAUGUUUCCAACGCAAUCAGUCCCACAGGUGAACCUCGGUCACAGGCGCACCGCCGUCCUCGCCGGAAAGGUCGUAGGUGGCAGUUCUGCUGUAAAUGCCAUGAUGACAAUCCGUGGUUCUGCAGGAGACUACAAUCGAUGGGGUAAUUUCUUUGGCGAGGAUUCGGAGUGGAGUUGGGACGGACUAUUCCCCUACUUCAAGAAAGCAUUGACUUUUGUCCCACCGAAUGAAGACGUCGCAGCCGAGUCGGACAUUAUCUACGAUACGAGCUACUGGGGUGAUACGUCGGGUGUCAUCACGUCGUGGCCCUCGUUCCAGUAUCCCGGAACAGCCGCGCAAGUCGAGGCGUGGAAGGUGAUGCCCGGUGUUAACUUCACGCCAGACAGCGGUUCUGGACAGACUGGUGUUUUCUGGUACCCACAGUUCAUGGACCCUAAACUUGGCGAGCGAUCUUACGCUAGGACGGGCCACUACAGCAAUCUCGAGCGAUCCAACUAUCACCUCGUGACGAAUUCGAAGGUCAUACGGGUGGAGUUGGACGAUGGAGCGGCAACUGGUGUCUCUUUCCGACCCGGCGAUGAUCCCGAGGGAGGGAUCACCACAAUUUCGGCCAAGAAAGAGAUUAUCCUAUCUGCCGGUGCUGUUCACACUCCGCAAGUCAUGCAGCUUAGCGGCCUGGGACCGAAAGAUGUCUUGGAGGAGGCUGGUAUCGAGACUAUCGUAGAGCUGCCCGGCGUAGGCAAGAACUUCCAGGAUCAUCCCAUGAUCACGGCGAGAUUCACUCUCCGAAACUUUGACUUCAGCCCAUCGUCCAACGACUUAUUCGCCAAUAGCGAAUUCCGCAACUGGGCCAACGAGGUCUGGGAGGCUAACAAGACCGGCCCAUUCUCCAUCGCGACUGGGAAUGUGGCAGCAUGGCUUCCGUUCCCCGUUAUCUCUGAGCGUUACGAAGAGGUCGCCACUCUUCUGGAGGAGCAGGACCACGCGGCGUAUUUGCCCGAGGGCGCCGACGACACUGUUGCCGCUGGAUAUGCGGCCCAGAUGAAGUCCUACGCGGAAGCUCUCAGAUCCAACCACACAGCCUUCUACAACCUUGUGUUCACAGCUGGACCUUCUAAUGGCAUCCUUGUCGACCUUCACCCGCUCAGCCGAGGAACGAUCAAUGUCGACCCGAAGAACCCGGAAGGUAACGAGCCAAUUGUCGACUACCGUGCGCUGAGCAAUCCUCUUGACGCCGUAAUUAUGGCCGAUAUUCUGCGUUACACGCGUAAGUUCUACAUGGAGAAUAGCGUCAAUGCAGAGUAUGAUCCUACCGAGUCCCAACCAGGGGCCCGAGUGCAAACGGACGAGGAGAUGGCAAGUUACUUACAGCAGACGCUCUCGCCGACCGAGUACCACCCCGCGGGCACUUGUGCAAUGAUGCCACUCGAGCUCGGCGGUGUUGUGGACGAGCAGCUGAGGGUGUACGGCGUUAAGAAUUUGAGGAUCGCGGACGCCAGCAUCAUUCCGACGCUUCCAGGAGCGAACACGUGCCAGACCGUUUAUGCAAUUGCAGAGAAGGCUGCGGAUCUGAUCAAGGCCGGUGCAUCACGGGGAGAUUCUGAUGAGACUGAGGAGCCCGAAGCCGAGGUUGAGGAACCCGAGCCUGAAGAGCCUGAAGAACCCGAAGAACCAGCGUCAGAGGAUUGA